UACAUUGGGCGGUGGAUUUCAGUUGCACUACCGGUACUUGGCCAGAAGGAGGCAGAAAUCUGCUUCUGCAACAAACCUGGGUGCCUCCGAAAAAGAAGAAAAAGAAGAUGGCGGCCCCCAUGAGUAACGUGGAGGAAAUUCGCAGUCGGGUUAUUUUGGGAGAAUUUGGAGUAAAAAAUGUCCCGCACUCCCCGGAGUUGCAGUGUUUGAAGAAAUGUUUCCUGGUUUCUCCUCUAAAUCCAUUCAUCUGUUUGCAGAACUUCCGGAUUGAUGUAGUGCAUCUAGAUGAGAACAGCAUGGAGUUUGACAUGGUGGGGAUCGAUGCUGCCAUUGCCAACGCCUUCAGGAGAAUCUUAUUAGCAGAGGUGCCCACCAUGGCUAUAGAGAAAGUGUUCAUCUAUAACAACACAUCUAUCGUCCAGGAUGAGGUUCUAGCCCACAGGUUGGGCCUCAUCCCCAUCAAAGCAGACCCUCGUCUGUUUGAGUUCAAGAAUACAG